GCGGCGCGGAGGCGAGGAGCAGACCGGGGGCGGGGCCGGCAGUGGGAGUGCGGGGCGCGGGGUGGGCGGCGUGGGACCCAGGGGGCGACAGAGGCAGCAGGAGCCCGAGGCCUGAGGAGAGGAGACCGGCGGCGGUGGCAAUGCUGGAGACCCUGCGCGAGCGGCUGCUGAGCGUGCAGCAGGAUUUCACCUCCGGGCUGAAGACUCUAAGUGACAAGUCAAGAGAAGCAAAAGUGAAAAGCAAACCCAGGACUGUUCCAUUUUUGCCAAAGUACUCUGCUGGAUUAGAAUUACUUAGCAGGUAUGAGGAUACAUGGGCUGCACUUCACAGAAGAGCCAAAGAAUGUGCAAGUGCUGGAGAGGCUACAGAAUGGAUGUUGUGUGAAUGUAAGGCUCGAUUAAAGCUCGGAGUGGCUGAAGUCGUCCCUCAGGCUCGACGGAAGGCUUGUCUUUUUCAUUCUCCCACUCAUUUAGAGGCGAGUUUUGAGGAGGUAGAGAACAACCUGCUGCAUCUGGAAGACUUAUGUGGGCAGUGUGAAUUAGAAAGAUGCAAACAUAUGCAGUCCCAGCAACUGGAGAAUUAUAAGAAAAAUAAGAGGAAGGAACUUGAAACCUUCAAAGCUGAACUAGAUGCAGAGCACGCCCAGAAGGUCCUGGAAAUGGAGCACACCCAGCAAAUGAAGCUGAAGGAGCGGCAGAAGUUUUUUGAGGAAGCCUUCCAGCAGGACAUGGAGCAGUACCUGUCCACCGGCUACCUGCAGAUCGCGGAGCGGCGAGAGCCCAUAGGCAGCAUGUCGUCCAUGGAAGUGAACGUGGACAUGCUGGAGCAGAUGGACCUGAUGGACAUAUCUGACCAGGAGGCCCUGGACGUCUUCCUGAACUCGGGAGAAGAGAACACUGUGCUGUCCCCCGCCUUAGGGCCUGAAUCCAGUACCUGUCAGAAUGAGAUUACCCUCCAGGUUCCAAAUCCCUCAGAAUUACGAGCCAAGCCACCUUCCUCUUCCUCCACCUGCACCGACAUGGCCACCCAGGACAUCAGUGAGGGUGGGGAGUCCCCCGUGGUUCAGUCUGAUGAGGAGGAAGUUCAGGUGGACACUGCCCUGGCCACGUCACACACUGACAGAGAGGCCACUCCGGAUGGUAGUGACGACAGCGACUCUUAAAUUGGGACGGGACGUGGGCGUUGUCUGGCCACACUGGAAUCCGGUUUUGGCUGUAUGCGGAAUUCCACCUGGAAACCCAGGUUGUUUUAUAGAGGGUCUUGGUUUUUACAUAAUUGCCAAUAAUGUGUGAGAAACUGAAAGAACAGCUAACAAUAAAGCGUGAGGAUGGUAAACUGA